AUGCAGAAGAAGGAUUUUCCAGGCGAGCAGUUCUUCGUGGUAUUUGUGAUAAAGCCUGAAGAUUAUGCCUGUGGAGGAUCUUUCUUUAUCCAGGAAAAGGAGAACCAAACCUGGAAUCUACAACGAGCAAAGAACCUUAAAGUGACCAUUGUUCCUUCCAUUAAAGAAACUAUUUAUGUGAAAUCCAUCCUUCUCAGUUUCCUCAUCUUCUUCUCCUUCUACUUGGGAUGCCUGCUUAUUGCGUUUGUUCAUUAUAUCAGAUUUCAAAGAAAAUCCAUUGAUGGAAGCUUUGGUUCCAGUGAUGGCUCUGGAAAUAUGGCGGUGUCACAUCCCAUUGCUGCCAGCACCCCUGAAGGAAGCAAUUAUGGGGCAAUAGAGGAGUCAAGCUCCAGUCCUGGCAGGCAGAUGUCCUCCUCUGAUGGUGGGCAGCCAUGCCAGUCGGACACGGACAGCUCUGUGGAGGAGAGUGACUUCGACACCAUGCCAGACAUUGAGAGUGAUAAGAACAUCAUCCGGACCAAGAUGUUCCUUUACCUGUCAGAUCUGUCCAGGAAGGACCGGAGGAUUGUCAGCAAAAAAUAUAAAAUUUAUUUCUGGAACAUCAUCACCAUUGCUGUGUUUUAUGCACUGCCUGUGAUCCAGUUGGUCAUCACCUACCAGACAGUGGUGAAUGUCACAGGCAAUCAGGACAUCUGCUACUACAACUUCCUCUGUGCUCACCCAUUGGGCGUCCUGAGUGCCUUCAACAACAUUCUCAGUAACCUGGGCCAUGUGCUCCUGGGCUUCCUCUUCCUGCUGAUAGUCUUACGCCGAGACAUUCUCCAUCGCAGAGCCCUAGAAGCCAAGGACAUCUUUGCCAUGGAUUAUGGGAUUCCUAAACACUUUGGUGUUUUCUAUGCUAUGGGCAUCGCGUUGAUGAUGGAAGGAGUGCUCAGUGCUUGUUACCAUGUCUGUCCUAAUUACUCCAACUUCCAAUUUGACACCUCCUUCAUGUACAUGAUCGCCGGCCUCUGCAUGCUGAAGCUCUACCAGACCCGCCACCCAGACAUCAAUGCCAGCGCCUAUGCUGCCUACGCCUCCUUUGCGGUGGUCAUCACGCUCACUGUCCUCGGAGUGGUGUUUGGAAAAAACGACCUGUGGUUCUGGAUCAUCUUCUCCGCAAUCCAUAUCUUGGCAUCUCUAGCCCUUAGCACCCAGAUCUACUACAUGGGUCGUUUCAAGAUAGAUAUGGGGAUUUUCCGAAGGGCCGCUAUGGUGUUCUACACAGACUUCGUCCAGCAGUGCAGCCGGCCUCUGUAUAUGGAUAGAAUGGUGUUGCUCAUCGUGGGGAAUCUGGUUAACUGGUCCUUCGCCCUCUUUGGACUGAUCUAUCGACCCCGGGACUUCGCUUCCUACAUGCUGGGGAUCUUCAUCUGUAACCUGCUGCUCUACCUGGCCUUUUACAUCAUCAUGAAGCUCCGCAGCUCGGAGAAGCUCCUCCCCAUCCCGCUCUUCUGCAUCGUGGCCACGGCUGUGGUGUGGGCCUCCGCUCUGUACUUUUUCUUCCAGAAUCUCAGCAGCUGGGAGGGAACCCCAGCCGAAUCCCGGGAGAAGAACCGGGAGUGUAUCCUGCUCGAUUUCUUUGAUGACCAUGACAUCUGGCACUUCCUCUCUGCCACAGCCCUGUUUUUCUCAUUCUUGGUUUUGUUAACCCUGGAUGAUGACCUGGACGUGGUUCGGAGGGACCAGAUCCCUGUCUUCUGA